CUUGAUGGAACCCUCCCCCACAUGGAAGGGUGAAUAACGCGUGCACGUCCGCCAGCCAGGCACCCGGCGCAACCGCUCAACGGUCAGCGCGCGGGAGUCCUUUUCCCAGGAUCCAGCAGGAGCGUGGCUUUUUUUUCUCUGUCUUUGCCGACAGUAAAUGAAGUGCCGGCCGGCUGUUGGGGGUGGGGUAAAGGGAGGAAGUGAAGAGACGCAGACGCUGUGCGAUAGGUGAAGUGCUGACGGAAAUCUCUGAUAUGGUUCAUGUCGCAAGAGCUUGAGGAAAGCCAUCUCGCCAGAAAGAGAGAGAGACGAGUAAAAAUAGGAGUGUAAAAUGGCUGACCAAAGGCAGCGGUCAUUGUCCACCUCAGGGGAAACACUGUAUGUUGUUCUGGGACUUGAGAAAAAUGCUACGCCAGAAGACAUUAAGAAAUCGUACAGAAAACUUGCACUGAAAUACCAUCCUGACAAAAAUCCAGAUAAUCCUGAAGCUUCAGAGAAGUUUAAAGAAAUAAACAAUGCUCAUGCAAUUCUGACUGAUGCAACAAAACGAAAUAUCUAUGAUAAGUAUGGCUCAUUGGGUCUCUACGUGGCAGAGCAGUUUGGUGAGGAGAAUGUAAAUACGUAUUUUGUCCUGUCAAGCUGGUGGGCAAAGGCGUUGUUUGUCUUCUGUGGAGUGAUUACUGGCUGCUACUUCUGCUGCUGCCUCUGCUGCUGCUGUAAUUGCUGCUGUGGGAAGUGUAAACCAAAGCCUCCCGAGGGGGAGGAACACGACUAUUAUGUCUCGCCAGAAGAUCUGGAAGCACAGUUACAGUCGGACCUGGAAAGAGAGGGAGACGGAGCAAUUGUGGUGCAGCCAACAUCGGCCACAGAAACAACUCAGCUGACUAGUGACAGUCACCCCAGCUAUCACACCGAAUGAUUUAACUAAGCCAAGUUUGUUCUUGUAAUUAAAAAUUAUAUUUAAAAUUCAUUUCAACACUGGGUUAGUUAAAGCUAUAGAUAGGGAAAGAAUUUUCACAAGAUUGCCUGCAAAGAUGAGAGCAGCCACUAACAUUGCAGAGACCACCUUCCCUUUUUCUUGCCUUUGCCACUGAACGUUACCUUCAUAACAAAAUGCUGUAACAACCAGUAUUUGAAAAUAUUAACACUUUUUUUUUGUUUGAAUUGCAAAAUUUAAGGUGCAUAUAGGCUGAUGUCUCAUGAUUAACUUCCAGUUGAACCAGUCCAUGUAAACAACCAAAGUAGAUUCAUCUAGAAAUCCACUGACACUCCUGUCCUUUCUUCCUUCUGUUAGAUUUUGUAGAUUGUUGCCAAUCAUGAGUUUUGUUUUGACUUAUUUUUGGGGUGUGGAAAUCUGGGUAAUUAUGGACAAUAAUGCACUUUGUGCUCAAAUUUCAAAGAGUUUGGUUGUGCAUUUACUUGUUUGUAACCGGGAUGGUGUUCCAUUUGUUGGCCUCCAGUUCAUUUAAAAUUUCUAAAGUAUUAUUUGCAGCCCAAUACUGAGGCCCAAAGUAAUAGUGACACCAGGUUAUUGAAUUGUUGUAUUUUGCUACAUGCUUUACUGCCAGAUUCUGACAUUCAUGUAAUAAUCAAAAACUUUGUUGUGAAGUAUAGACUUUGUCAGUAACUUUGCUCCAAAAAAAAUUCGCCAAAGAAUGAGAAUUGGUUUUGAAAUGAAAUUUUUUUUUUAGUGUUAUGGAACAAAUAUUAUCCGAUUGCACUCAUGAUCAGUGAGCCAGUGUAAACAAUUAUGUUCACGUGAAAAGAGCAGGAUUGAGACAAAAAUUAGGAAACUGUUGACACUUCUAACGUUUCUUGAAAAUGACAUGGAUUCUUUGCUUCAUUAAAGAAAAUAGAAUGCUAAAUAACAAUGCAUGCCAAAACUGCAUCUGACAGUUAAAAUGCCAGUGCAUACUGUCAGCGUGAGCUCUUUUUUUAUUAUUUGAUCUAAUUUCCUAUCCUAAUGUUCAUUUUACAAAACCAUGUUUCCCUCUGCAAUUUCCCUUUUUACCUUGAUUUGGUAUAUGAUUGCUAUUAGUUUAAAAGUAAACUUCCAUAAUUAUCCAUGUCCAGUUUGUGAUAUGGUGAUAUUUAAAGAAUGACCUUUGUGAGUAAACUUAUCUCUAUCAACUUAGCACUUUCUGCACAACAAUGUUAAGUAUUUCGAGUGUAAACAAUUUGUGAAUCUUCCCUUUAUGAAGUUGAAAAUAAUAAAAACAAAUCGGUUCUAAAAGAAACCUAACCUAUAUGGUGGUAAGUGUAGCAAAUGCUAGACCAAGUCCAGAAUCUAUACAAAGUCAACAAUUUUUUUUUGAGUUGAUGCUGAUUCUUUUAGGUAUUUAGAUUUUUUUCAUAAAAUGUUUAAAAGUGCUCUCCAUUCAUUUUUUAGGAGGUGAAUUUGAACUCUGUCCAGACUGAUGAAAAAUUUAUGCUGUUGUCUGCUGACUGUAAAACUUCCAAGUGAAAUAAGUCUAGCGCUCAACACAGUUUCUAGGAAUUUGGUCUCCCAUAACUGGUCAAAAGUCAAUACUAACAGACCCUACAAUGAAGGUGUCAUUCAGAUCAUGUUAGUUGACAUAAGGAAAUAACUAAAUUAAUAUUAAGUGUUAUGAAGGGACUGAUAUUUAUUAGCACGUUAAUAUUGAGAGAGCUGGGAGCUGUACCAAAGCAAGGGGGUACUGUGGUUGUAGCUUUUACAACAUCAAGCAUUGAUAAUGGUAUUGUUUGUCUUUCUAUCUUUUCAAGUUUCACAAAUGGAUCAAGUGUUUAGCACUAGAUAGGAUCUAGAGAAAAGUUAUCCUCUGCUCACUUUUACUCCCUUGUGUUGUGCUGUGUUUUGUUAUGUUUGAAAUCCACCUUUUUGUUUUCUUGAGUUUGCUCACUUGGGGGAGAAAAUGUGUAGCUUCCCAAGUUGAAACUAUUUACUUGUUGUUGAAAUGAGAGAUGGUUAUAUUUGGCUUAAAGUAAAAGUGAAGCUUAAUUGCUCUAAGACUAUGAAGUUGCAUUAACUUGAAGAUUUAUUACUACUGAACUGUACAAUUCUUUUCCCACAAAAUUCUCUGUUAUGACAUGCUUUAUAUAGGUUUUAAUUAAUCCCCAUCUUUACUAUCCUUUUCACAAAUUAUCUUCCCAUUAUCAUUGCAUUUAAAUGAGAAAAUUUCUAAAAGAAUUAAAAUUUGAAAAUUGCUCCUUUUACCAUUUCAACAUUGAAAGACCUAGAUUUUGGGAGACAGCAUUUUUUUUGCAGCAUGAACAAGUUCCAACCCAUCCUGAAUUAGUUGUAUUUCAUUUCCUAACCCUCUCUUUGUGGGGAAAAAGUACUGUAAAGCUAGUGUAUUUAAUUUUGACCAUAAUUAACGUUCAGCAAGUUUAUCUAGAUUUUAAUAAAUGUUGGCAGUCAUUUGUGAGGAGGCACUGAACAAUUUUCAGAAAAAAACUUGAAAUUUUGAAAUAAAAUCUUAUUUUAAUUUUUUAAAAGGUUGCACCUUUUAGGCAAAUUACUUCAGUACAGAUGAUUCGUUCCAUUGUUACAUUGGAUGCAUGUUCCUUUAGUUUUAGUCUGUAUAAAAUAUAACAUCAUUAGAAGAAAUAAAACUGUGCUGAGAUCAGUAGUUUGAACAUUGUUACAUAAAAGUGAGAUUCUGGCAGAACAAAUUUGAGUUGUAAUAACAGAUUUGUAUUCUUGAAGGCAUGAGUCAUUCUAAACAUUUUUGUGUUGAAAUUUUUAUACCUCAUUGCUCAAGUCAUAACUAGCAGAGAAGGCAUAUUUAUGGUAUCACACCUUUUCAGAUAGAAAGCAAGAAUAAGAAUAUUUUACUUCAAUUGUUUUAUUAACUUUAUUUUUCCCUUUCAAAAUGUACAACUUUUUUGUUCCUGUAGUCAAGUCUAAUUCAAACUUUUGUGCUGCUAGUUACAAUUACCUUGCAUAUUGCAUCUCCAGGUUAUCUGAUAAAUCAGGGCUCUAUUUGCCUGCCCAGGUGUGUUUUAAAAGAUUCCAUAGCACUAGUUCAAAGAAAUAAAAUUAUUAUCUCCCAUUUCUUGACCAAUAUUUAUCCAUCAAUUGAUAUCACAAGAAACUGAUUAUUGUCAUAGUGCUGUUUGUGGGAGGUUGCUGUACAUCAAUUGGCUCCAUAUUUCCUAUAUUACAAUAGUGACCUACCCUUUAAAAGUAUUUAACUGGCUGUAAAAUGCUUUGAAAAGUAUGGAGAUCAUUAAAGAGUGUUAAGUAAAUGCAAGUCAUUAUUUCUUAACAUUAAUUCUGCUUAGUGAUGUCAUUGCUUCUAAAUGCUUUUGAGGUGUGGUUUAAUCUGAUAUUUUAGUAAAUUUGAUAUUUUUAUUAAUUCAGUAUACAAACCAAAACAGGUAAUAUUUAGAAAUUGAUCCCCUGGAAUAUGCUUCUGUAUUUAAAAUGUCUAGACUUCUUCUCUUUUCCCCCCCCCACCCACCCCGGUCAAUACCUUGAAUAGCAUAUUGAAUUUUAGCAAUCGUUAAUGGAUUUAAGUUAACUAGUUGAAUAAAAUAUUGAAAACUUGCAUAUUAAUUUAUAAUCAAGGUGAUCUAAGUCAAAGUGUGGUCUCUUGUGACACUAUGGUAGUGUCCCUAUCUCUGAGCUGGAAGAUGUGGGUUCAGGUUCCACUUACUUCAGAAAAGUGUAAUAACACUUCUAAGCAGAUUUAUGAAAAAUAUUUGAGCAUAAUGAUGGAGUAACUCCGGUCUGGCAGUAUCUACAGAAAGAAAAAGAGUUAAUGUUUUAAGUCAUUUGAUGAUUUUUCAGCUCUAAUGUCAAAUCUCUGUCAGCGCAGAUGCUGCUAAAUUUGCUGAAUUGUCCAGCACUUUGUUUUAAUUUCAGAUCUUCGCCAUACUCAGAACUUUGUUUUUUAAUUGUAUUGCUUGAUAAUCAAUGGGAGAUAUGUCCAACAUUGAAUGAUAUCUGUGCAUCAAGUUAUCAUAAUUUUAAAAUAGAUAACAAUGGACCGAAAAGACAUUGACAUGGAAUUGGUAUUGAUAUUCACAAGAUGUAGUUUAGGAAAUGCUGAACCCAGGUGGGCUGUUCUGGAGCAGUCAGCCUAGAAAACCUGGUGAUUGCAGCAUUUGCUCAUCUGACAGCUGUUAGUGUUUCUGUGUGUAUAAUGUAUCCGAAAUCUUUUCUUAUACCACCUUUGUCCUUUCUGUGUUUGUUUACUGUAAUAAUUGAUAGAUAUGGAAGUUGCGGUGUCCAAGGAUCUUUGAACCUGCUGGCUGUAAUAAGGUGCAAGAUGGUCUGAUCUGCAUUUCGACAUGUAUUGUUAAAAAUGAGAUAUUCAUGAAUAGUAAUACCCAACAAUGUGAGCCCUCUGAGCUAUGUCCAUAGAAUUAUUCAACUAUUGUCCCUAAGCUGGCUAUCUCUACAGUUCACUCCUAGUUAUGGUAGUCAGCAAGAAUUUAUUGAAAUUGGUAAUAUUAAAUAGCUUGUAUGCACUGUUUGUUUCUAUUCUCAAAAAAAUUCAAAGUGAACUACCACUUCCAGCAUGGUUUGCUGCAUUUAAGUUAACGUGUGGCUUCAGUCUAGUUGGCUGUCACAGUAGUAAUCGUCUGCAGUAACAUGUUGAAAUGUAAUGCUAUUGCGCAGAAUUUAACUGCUUUCUUCUGUAAUGAUUCAGCUUCAGGUGCACAAAAUAUAGGAGUAAUUGAUUUUUUUAAAAUAGUAUAUCAUAAAUUUUUUGUUUAUAUAUAGCAAUUUUCAUGUUAUACAUUGAAGUUUAUAUUUAGCAAUUAUAUUGUGAAUUAAAAGAACAGAUUUUUAACACUCGGUAUCUGGUGCCGAAUGAUGGAGUACAGUACUUUAAAUAUUUUUGUUCAUUAGUCUGGAAGCAUGAAUGAUCUACAGAAUCUUGCAAUAUAGUUAACACAUUCCCAAGAAUUAGGUAAAUGACAUCUGAGUGAAGAAAUCAGGCACUGAAUAUAAUUAUGUAUUAGUUUUUUCUGCUGCUUGAUAUUUCUGAGACUUGUUAGAUAUGCUAGCAUUGGCACAAGGUAUCUAAUUCAACAAAUUUUAGAAAACAAAAGGUCAAACAUUCAGGUGGUCUAUAUGACUAUAAAUGGUUUGCAGUCUCCUUUAUUUAAAUAGUUAUCUAUCAUUGUAAAAGUUGCUAUAUAUAGGAGUAUAAUUUUUAUUGUGCCUGCUGGGGAUCCUGUGUGACUGAAAUUCAGAUGAAUUUUGCAUAGGUACUUCCCUCUUUUAUUUUGUAAACAUUUUAAUAGUGAUUAUGCCAGAUAAUAGUCUAAUUUUAUUAAGCCAUUAUCUUUAUAGAAACAUAAAGGAAAGCAAAACUGGCUCAUGAAACAAGGAUUCUAGCCUGUUUGUAUUUGUUGAAGGAUGAAAAUUUUAUGUUGCCUAUUGUUGCUUUCUCUCAUUGCUCUGCAUCUGUUAAUUCAAUUAAAUCCUUUGUAUUCUGCAAUUAAGUUGUAAAAUAUAGUGUUGUCUAAAUGUUGGUUUCACAGACCAAGGGUGUAAUUUUUUGUCUGAAAUUGAAUCAAGAUUGUAUGUGUACUUUUUUGUAACAUAAUACCAUGCUGAAAGUUGCAUCUACAGAAGAAAUGUUUUAUCAUUCAGUACGUUUAUUAUCAGUGAUCAAAUAAGCUGAUACUUUUUUUUCCUUAAUGGGUUACCAAAAUUAAAGUGAAUAACACAAUCUUGUUUUUUUUUAUUUGAUGCAUACUGCUCUCAUUUGGUAUAGGGAUAACACUGAAUUACAGAUUGUCCCAGAUGUUGUUGAAUGUGGCUGCUGAGAAGAAAAAUGUAAAGCCAGAAUGCAUUGUGUGAACUGUAUUUGAAGUUUGACAUUCUUUAAAAUUCAAAUUAUUGGUGUAAAAAUAGAAUAAACCAUUGUUAUGCAACAUUUUUGGUAUAUUCUUUAAGGACCAUAGUUAAAAUUGAUGUAAGUAGAUGUGGUUAUGUUAACUACAGGACUUGAUGCCCAUGGACUCCUGUACAUAAAAUAAACUGUCAUGUUUGUUUUAGCAUGAUUAUUUAUGUACUGUAUUGCUGAAAAUCAUUGGUAAUUUAUUUGAUUUGCAGUUGUAAAAUAAAUGUCUGUUGCUUAAAAACAAA